AUGGCUAGGAGAAGACAGACCGCGGAAACCCCGGCAAUCACCGUCAUUGCGAGGGUAUUCAGGCAGCCACGUGUCUGGGGCAAUACAAGUGAGCAGUCACCGUCAUUGCGAAGGUAUUCAGGCAGCCACGUGUCUGGGGCAAUACAAGUGAGCAGUCACUGUCAUUGCGAGGGUAUUCAGGCAGCCACGUGUCUGGGGCAAUACAAGUCAGCAGUCACUGUCAUUGCGAAGAUAUUCAGGCAGCCAAGUGUCUGGGGUGAUACAAGUCAGCAGUCACUGUCAUUGCGAGGAUAUUCAGGCAGCCACGGGUCUGGGGUGAUACAAGUCAGGUGUGGAAUGAUGCCAGAGUUCGCGCAAGUAUCUUGGAUAUGCUCGCAUAGAAUGUUCUUCAUCGUUGUGUUGCGCUGGGAAGGCGAGGUGGCUCAACAAUAG